AUGACAGAAGAUUGUAGCAAGCAAAGGGAAUACGAAGCCGAUGGCAUGCGAAAGCUUGCAUUUUUUGGUGUCGCAAUGUCCACUGUUGCGACACUAGUCUGUGUCCUUUCUGUCCCAAUGGUUUAUAAUUAUAUGCAGCACAUCAACUCAGCUAUGCUCAACGAAGUUGACUUCUGCAAAUCUCGAUCAGGAAAUAUCUGGAGGGAAGUGACUAGAACACAAGUUGUUGCAAGUGAACGCAAACGACACGCACGAUCAUAUGGUGGAGGCGGAGGAGGAGGUGGGGGUGCCUGUUGUGGAUGUGGUGUCUCACCUCGCGGUCCACCAGGCCCUCCAGGACCAGCUGGCCAACCUGGACAUGAUGGAGCACCUGGAUUAUCUGGCCCACCUGGAAAAGAUGCACCACCACAAUCUCCACUUCCAACUGGAGGCACUGGUUGCCAAACAUGUGAAGCGCCAAAGAAUGGAGCUCCAGGCCCACAAGGACCUCCCGGCCCAGCAGGAUCACCUGGCGAGCCUGGACCACCAUCAUUUGGAGGCGGCAAAGGACCAAGAGGACCCCCAGGUCCACCAGGACCUUCAGGAGAGCCUGGUCAUGCAGGACCUCCAGGACCACCCGGUGCACCAGGAAAACUCAUUGCUGGAGGCCCAUCAAAAUGCGGACCUGCCGGUCCUCCAGGACCACCAGGGCAACCAGGCCACCCAGGAGGACAAGGCCCACCAGGGGAAGCAGGUCAUCCUGGCGGACAAGGACCACCCGGAGGCCAAGGACUUGCGGGACCACCAGGACAUCCAGGAGCCCCAGGAGGACCCGGCAAAGCUGGAGGUAGCGGAGGCCGUGGCGCUUGCGAUCAUUGUGCACCUCCACGUACAUCACCAGGCUACUGAGCAACACUGGAAAAGCAAAGAAAAGACGACUCAUAAUCGAAUAAAAUGCGUUAACAAAAUUUGGAGAUUUUCGUCAAAUUUUGUGCAUUUAAAGAGGAAUUUUAUAAAAUAUAUUUGUUC